GGGUCAGAGUGUUGCAGGGGGGGGAGCAAAAGGUAUUGGGAGUGACUUGGAAAGUGGAAACUGAUGAGUUGUUAAUUGAUUUGAGUAGCAUUACUGAGAGAGCGAAUAUUCAAAAUCCCACGAAACGUCACGUCGUUAGCGUAACUAGUGCGAUCUAUGAUCCCAUUGGUAUUUUGAGUCCAGUAACUAUUCGCUUCAAGAUACUGUUACAACAACUACAUCGUGCUAAGAUGGAAUGGGAUGAGGAGAUUCAGGGGGAAUUGCUGGAGCUUUGGACUAAUUUAAUCACAUGUAUUCGUGAUAGACAACCAGUAAUUGUUCCAAGGUGUUAUUUUGAAGUAAUGUCGGAUCAUUGUGGAUGUAGAUUGAUUGGUUUUAGUGACUCGUCUGCUAAGGCAUACGCGGCGGUAGUGUAUUUGCAGUGGGAUAGAGGAGAUAGUAAGCCAAUGGCCUUUAUUGCUUCAAAGACACGAGUUGCACCACUGAAGAGUCUGACUAUCCCACGUCUAGAGUUAUUAGGAGCGUUUUUGCUUGCGCGGCUGAUUAAUUGCGUUCACGAGGCGUUAAGGGAGGAAUUAAAAUUGCUGCCUUCUAGAUGUUACACUGAUUCUCAGGUAGCACUGUACUGGAUUCAAGGGGAGAGAAAAGAAUGGAAGCCGUUUGUAUGUAACAGAGUGAAGGAGAUUAGGAAGUUGAUACCCAGUGAGCAAUGGAGUCACUGUAAUGGUAAACAGAAUCCAGCGGAUAUUCCAUGUCGGGGGAUGUCUGUUGAGGAAUUGAGAGAGUGUACUUUAUGGUGGGAAGGACCCAAGGAUCUGGGAGCUGAGAAGAAUAUCUGUGAUCAAAUGCCUGGUGAAUGUUUGGAUGAGAUGAGAGCAAGUGAGAGAAGGGAGUGUAAUUUGUUAAUGGCUUCUGAGAAUAUAGGGAUUACGAAUAUUAUUAAUAUUAAGCGCUAUAGUGUUUAUAGCCAGCUUAUAUCAGUAACAGGGUAUGUAUUGCAAUUCAUUGAGAUUGUUUUAUUGAGAGUGCGCGGCAAUGUAGAGAUGAGAAGGGAACUUAUGAUUUUGAAGAUUGAAGCUGAGAUAAUUUGGAUCAAGGAAAUACAGAAAGAUCUUGUAGAAGACAAGAAUUUUGGACAAUGGAAGGGUCAAUUACAGCUAUUUAAAGAUGACAGGGGAAUAUGGCGCUGUGGGGGGAGGCUGACCAAUGCCAAUCUUCCUUUUGAGACAAAGCAUCCAAUUCUCCUACCAGGAAGAGGACACUUUGCAGAGUUAAUCAUUAGGAGAGCUCACGAGAAGGUGUUCCACAAUGGAGUUAAAGACACCUUAACUGAAUUACGUUCGCGGUUUUGGGUAUUACGGGGUCGAGCUGUUGUUAGACGAUUAAUUCAUAUUUGUGUGACUUGUCGCAGAUUGUAGGGUCAAUCAUAUGCUGUACCUCCAAUGCCUCCACUACCAACUUAUAGAGUUAGUGAAAGGCCACCGUUUUAUUAUACUGGGGUUGAAGUUGCAGGGCCUAUUUUUGUCAAAAAUAGUGCCCAUGAAUUGGGAGGGAAAGCCUGGUUAUGCCUAUAUACCUGUUGUGUUACUACAGCUAUCCAUUUGGACUUAUUGCAUAAUAUUUCUUUUGAGUAUUUUUUUAGGUCUUUUAAAAGGUUCAUUGCAAGAAGAGGUCUGCCACGGAAGAUGCUCUCGGAUAAUGCCAAGACUUUCAAGAAGAUCGCUAGUCUACUUAAGGAAAUUGAGGAUCUUAAGGAUGUGAAGCGCUACUUUUCUGAUCACAAAAUCCAGUGGAAUUUUAAUGUGGAAAAGUCUCCAUGGUGGGGAGGAGUCUUUGAAAGAUUAAUACGGUCAGUUAAACGAUGUAUGAAGAAGGUCAUCGGACGAGCUAGUCUUACUCACGAGGAAUUACUUACAGCGGUUAUUGAAAUUAAAAGAUUAUCUAUUCCCGUCUAUUAUCUUAUGUUACUCAAGACGAUUUAG